AUGUCCACCGCCGCGAUCCCCACCUCCACAAUCGUUCUGACCCCCGAAGAGGAGAGAGUCCGCAAACUCCUUGUCGAUGUUGCCGCCGAGAUCGAUGCCGGCCGCGCGGAACACGACGAGCCGCUCAUACUGCGCUUUACCGGUGGGUGGGUCCGCGACAAGUUGAUCGGACAGCAAAGCCAUGACAUAGAUGUCGGAAUCAACAAGAUGACCGGCUUUGAUUUCGCGACGAGGAUGCAGGAGUUUCUUACCGAACACAAUGAUGCCUACGAUAUCCCAACGCGCAAUAUCCACAAGGUCGAAAGCAAUCCCGAGAAGUCGAAACAUCUGGAAACGGCCACUACCAAGAUCCUGAGCUUGGAUAUUGACUUUGUCAAUCUGAGAAGCGAGACCUACUCGGAGGACAGUCGGAUUCCGCAGAUGGAGUUCGGGACUCCCGUCCAAGACGCUCUGCGUCGCGAUGCCUGCAUCAAUGCCCUCUUCUAUAACAUCCACACGCAGCAGAUCGAGGACUUUACGGAGAGGGGCUUGGAAGAUAUAAAGAACAAGGUGAUACGGACGCCGCUUCCACCGUUCCAGACCUUCAACGACGAUCCUCUACGGGUUCUCCGUCUACUCCGAUUCUCGAGUAGACUCAACUUUGAGAUUGUGGAUGAAGCUAAGGAAGCCAUGCGGGAUCCUGAGAUCAAGAAGGCUCUUCGCAUGAAGAUUUCGCGAGAAAGGAUCGGUGUUGAGAUCGAAAAGAUGCUCCAAGGACCAAACCCGUACCGGGCACUCACUCUAAUGGAUUCCCUUACCCUCUUCGAUGCCAUCUUCACCCCGCCAAUCGAUGCCCUCCCAACCCUUCCAGUAGAGAACCUGUCUCUCGCCACUGCAGUCCUACAGCAUAUCCUGACAUCACCCGACUGCACCAAUCUCCAAUCUCUCGCCGUUGACAAGCACGAUCAAUACGUCGCCUGGCUACUCGCAUCUUUCAGUCCCUGGGCUGGGCACUUGUUCCCGGGCGUGGACACGAGGAAGAACAUCCCCGCGGCCGCAACCGCCGCAAGGGAGGGGCUUAGGAUGAUGACAAAGAUCAACAAUAUCAUCAUCAGCUCAUACAGGAACUACAGUAUGAUCCAGGAGGUCGUGCAGAAAGUCGGGCUGAGCAGAAGCCAAGUUGGAAUGUUUAUACGCGAGCUGGGUGCCGAAUGGAGGAGUCAGUAUUUGUGCGCGUUGAUGCUGGAGGCAAUACCAUACUGGAAGGAGGGUGGUCCCGAUCGAACGCAGGAGGUGCUGGUGAAGUAUAGCACGUUUCUGUCACAGAUCAAGGACAUGGAUUUAGAGGAAGCUCAUGCUUUCAAGACAGUCCUCAAUGGGAAACAACUGAUGUCUGCACUGGGCCAGGAGAAAUCUGGGCCCUGGCUGAUGGGCGCACUGAACCGCCUGAUGGAGUGGCAGCUCGAGAACCCAGAAAAGGACAGUGAAAGCGCAAUAGAAUGGAUCAAGGAGAACAAGGAGAAGUUAUUGAGUACAUGA